CGGCGGAGCCUGAGGUCUCUGGUGCAAAGGAAAGUGGCCUCCCAGCGAGGAGGGGAAGGAGCAUCGGUUCAUCUCUUCGUGAUCCCUUUCCUACCCCUUCACACUCGAGCGCACCUGGCAGUACCACCAGCACAGUCUCGGAAAUUGCUUUCAUCACGAUUUAACAACAUGAAGACACAAGAACACACUAGGACACCCCCAACGUCAACAAGUCUCUCUGGCUUUUUUCCGGGAAUACCCUGAAGGUGGGACUGUGUCUUACUCACCUUUGUACUCUGGGUGCUUAACACUGUCCCACCCCAGAAAUGGUGCUCAAUAAAGUCUUCUUGAAGAAAACAGAAUAGCCUCGAGUCCAGAGCUGAGAAAGAAGUUGGAACAACUAGUGAAAAGGAAUCAUCUCUUUCCUUGGAGACUAAAAGGAGAAAUUAGCAUUCUCUUCAGAUAGAUCCAAUCUACCUUCAAGAAAGACCACCCUGCAAGAUCCACAUCAUGGUCCUAUCGUGUGGGGAACUGGCCUCUGGGUCCCCUGCCCAGCAUCUCUAGUCCAGUGAGCAAAGAUUGAAGCGCUCGUGAAGGACAUGCAGAACCCAGAGACAGGGGUCCGAAUGCAGAACCAGAGGGUCCUGGUCACCAGCGUUCCUCAUGCCAUGACAGGAAGUGAUGUUCUGCAAUGGAUCGUCCAGCGGCUUUGGAUCUCCAAUCUGGAGGCACAGAACUUGGGCAACUUUAUUGUCAGGUAUGGCUACAUUUACCCCCUGCAAGACCCCAAGAAUCUCGUUCUCAAGCCUGAUGGCAGCCUCUACCGAUUUCAGACACCGUAUUUCUGGCCCACCCAGCAGUGGCCAGCUGAAGAUACCGAUUACGCCAUCUAUCUGGCCAAGCGAAAUAUCAAGAAGAAAGGAAUUUUGGAAGAAUAUGAAAAGGAAAAUUACAAUUUCUUGAACCAAAAAAUGAACUAUAAGUGGGACUUUGUCAUUAUGCAGGCCAAAGAGCAGUACAGGGCUGGAAAGGAGAGGAACAAAGCAGACAGAUAUGCCCUGGACUGCCAGGAGAAGGCAUACUGGCUGGUGCACCGAUGCCCGCCUGGAAUGGACAAUGUGCUAGACUAUGGCUUGGACCGAGUAACCAAUCCGAAUGAAGUCAAGGUAAACCAGAAACAAACAGUCAUUGCUGUCAAAAAAGAGAUCAUGUAUUACCAACAGGCCUUGAUGAGGUCCACAGUGAAGUCUUCCGUGUCCCUGGGAGGGAUUGUGAAAUACAGUGAGCAGUUCUCAUCCAACGAUGCCAUCAUGUCAGGCUGCCUUCCCAGCAACCCCUGGAUCACCGAUGACACCCAGUUCUGGGACUUAAACGCCAAAUUGGUGGAAAUCCCAACCAAGAUGCGAGUGGAACGAUGGGCCUUCAACUUCAGCGAAUUGAUCCGAGACCCCAAAGGUCGACAGAGCUUCCAGUACUUCCUCAAGAAAGAAUUCAGUGGAGAGAAUCUGGGGUUCUGGGAAGCCUGCGAGGAUCUAAAGUACGGAGAUCAGUCCAAGGUCAAGGAGAAAGCAGAGGAGAUUUACAAGCUGUUCCUGGCCCCAGGGGCGAGGCGCUGGAUCAACAUAGAUGGCAAGACCAUGGACAUCACGGUGAAGGGGCUGAAGCACCCCCACCGCUACGUGCUGGAUGCCGCACAGACCCACAUUUACAUGCUCAUGAAGAAGGAUUCUUAUGCUCGCUAUUUAAAAUCUCCAAUCUAUAAGGAAAUGCUGGCCAAAGCUAUUGAACCUCAGGAAACCACCAAGAAAAGCUCCACCCUCCCUUUUAUGCGGCGUCACCUGCGAUCCAGCCCAAGCCCUGUCAUCCUGAGGCAGCUGGAAGAGGAAGCCAAGGCCCGAGAAGCAGCCAACACCGUGGACAUCACCCAGCCGGGCCAGCACAUGGCUCCCAGCCCCCAUCUGACUGUGUACACCGGGACCUGUGUGCCCCCGUCUCCUUCUAGCCCCUUCUCCUCCUCCUGCCGCUCCCCCAGGAAGCCUUUCGCCUCGCCCAGCCGCUUCAUUCGGCGACCCAGCAGCACCAUCUGCCCCUCACCCAUCAGAGUGGCCUUGGAGAGCUCAUCAGGCUUGGAGCAGAAAGGGGAGUGCAGCGGGUCCAUGGCCCCCCGUGGGCCCUCUGUCACUGAGAGCAGCGAGACCUCCCUCGACACCUCCUGGCCUCGCAGCCGGCCCAGGGCCCCUCCUAAGGCCCGCAUGGCUCUGUCCUUCACCAGGUUUCUGAGACGAGGCUGUCUGGCCUCACCUGUCUUUGCCAGGCUCUCACCCAAGUGCCCUGCUGUGUCCCACGGGAGGGUGCAGCCCCUGGGGGACGUGGGCCAGCAGCUGCCACGACUGAAAUCCAAGAGAGUAGCAAACUUUUUCCAGAUCAAAAUGGAUGUGCCCACGGGGAGCGGGACCUGCUUGAUGGACUCAGAGGAUGCUGGAACAGGAGAGUCGGGUGACCGGGCCGCAGAAAAGGAGGUCAUCUGCCCCUGGGAGAGCCUGUGA